GGGGAGACAGAGUAGGAAGCAGGAAGUAAAUGGCACAAUAUUUUUGUCGUGAAGCUGUUGUAGGCUAGAUUGUUAAUGGUGUUCAUAAUCAAUUGUAGUUUUUGGUGAUUACGUGCCUUUAAUUCAACACAGAGGAGAACCACUGUGUUGCAGGCAAUACUGGGAAACUUAUGAUUCGGUUCUGACCCGGUUCUAUUCGUUGGUGUCUCCAUGAGCCGCAGUCGAAACGCCCCGGCCCGGGGCCAGGGGGCUGCCAAGGCCAGGCAGAUGGGCCUGCUGCUGGACCUGGAUGGGGGCGCGGACCUCGGGGGGGAUGACGGCGCCUUGGAGGCGGAGCUUCUCUCCCUGGUGGGAGGCGGUGGGCAGCCAGGGGGGAAGAAAAAUGGAGGCAGAGCUCCAGUGCCGAUGGAGGACAUCGAGCGCAUGGCCGCCCUCUGCAUGAAGGACCUGGACGAGGAUGAGGAAGGAGACGAUGAUGGGGACUUGGAGAGCGACGCAGACCUAUUGGCGGAGCUGAACGACGUCUUGGACGACAACGAGGAAGAGGAGAAGCCCGUCUCCCCGCCCCAGACGAAAGCGCCCGCCCCGUCCGGCGCUCCGCCCCCCGGCAGCUCCGGCGGGCUGGAGUCCCGCCUCGUGGAGCGCAUCGACAUGUACCAGGCCGCCAUCGGCAACGCCAAGGCCGCGGGGGAGUCCAGCAAAGCGCGCCGGUACGACCGGGGCCUGAAGACAUUGCAGUCCCUGUUGUCGUCCGUGAAGAAAGGAAAGCCAAUCAACGAGGAGGAUAUCCCACCUCCCGUCGCCACGGGCGCCAACCCCGCCCCCGAAUCUCAGCCUGAGCCUAUCAGACGGGUGGAACGGCCAUCCUCCGAGCCUGCACCUGCCCCUCCAGUCAAUGAGAAACCCCUUCGAGAUGCACCAGCCCCGCCAUCCAGACCGCAGCUCCUGACGCCUCCACAGAAGACUUUAGCCGUGACCCCAGACACGCCCCUCAUCUCUCCUCUGACCCCCAGCCAGCCGGACACUCAGCAUUCAGAGGCUAAGAGCCUGGUUCUGAGCAGACAGAGGGAGUACAAACUGGCCGCCAUCCAAGCCAAGCAGGGCGGAGACACGGACCUGGCCAAGCGUCACUACCUGACAGCCAAGAGGUUAGACGUGGUGGUGGAGGCCCUGGACAGAGGAGAGCCACUGGACAUCGGCGCCCUACCGCCCCCUCCUGGAGACACCGUGGCAGAGAGCCCGGCUCCACCUACACAGCGCUCCUCCCAGCCCCCCGCGGCAGCCCCCGCAGCCCCUGCAGCGCCCCCUGUGGCCGAUGCUGCUCUCCCAGCUCCUCGCAGUGUGGCGGAGGCGCUGCAGCAGCGCAUGGACAAAUACAAGGCAGCUGCCGACGGCGCCAAGAGCAAGGGGGACGACCGCAAGGCCCGCAUGCACCUGCGCAUCGUCAAGCAAUACCAGGACGCCAUCAGAGCUCAAAAAGCCGGACGCCCCGUCAACCUGUCGGACCUGCCCGUGCCUCCCGGAUGUCCGCCGCUUCAGGGCGCUGAAAGCGGGGAGCAGAACUUCAUGGGCGUCCUGGAGAACGCCAUGAAGCUGGCCAAUCAGGACGCAGAUGCGGAGGAAGAGGACGGGCCAGAGGAAGGAGUGGCGAAGACGGCGGUAAGGCCCGUUGCCCAGCGAGCGAAGGCUCCGGCCCCCUCCCCGGAGACUCCUCCCGCCCCCGGUCAGGGCUCUAAGCUGGGGCCUAAAGCCCAGCAGCAGCUGGACUUCCUGCAGACGCGCAGGCAGCAGUUCAUGCGCGCGGCGCUGCGCUCCAAGCAGAUGAAGGACAUGCAGGGAGCCGCGCUGCACCUGCGCCACGCCAAGGGCCUGGACGCCAUGAUCUCCGCCGCCCAGGGCGGGCUGCCCGUCGACAUCACCAAGGUGCCCAGUGCUCCAGUCUCUGAGGAGGACUACUCUCUGGCUCAGUCCCGAAGCUCUCCGCUCUCCCCCCGCACCUCUGAGCAGUACGCCCAGCUCAUGGACCACCUGCGCCAGCAGCAUGAGAAAUGCCUGGGAUAUUCCCAGCAGUUCACCCACAUGGGCAACGUCGCCGAGACGACCAGGCCGGUCCCGUUCCCCGCUUCCCCGGGAGGCAUCAGCUCAGUCAGUCACCCGUCCCGUCCCGCCCCCAGACCUCACGCCGUCACAGCACCCGCGUCCCCGCCCCGCCUCCUGCCUCCGCGCCGCGUCCCCGCUGAGUGGGCGGGGCUAUCCUAUCUGUUUGCCCUGGAAAUGAAAAAUAACACUCUUCUCCCUCUCUUUUUCUGUCUUUCUCUCCAUCCCCCACCCCCACUCUCCUCUCUCCCCUACUUUAACCUCUCUCUCUGUGGUGUAUUCAGGAUCUACCCAGACCUGACCGCCAAUGAGCUGGUGCUGACCAUAGUAAAGGGCAUAAACCUCCCUGCGCCAUCAGGAGUCUCUCCCAAUGAUUUGGAUGCCAGUGUGCGCUUUGAAUUUCCCUUCCCCAGCUCGGAAGAUCCCCAGAGAGACAAGACCAACACUGUGAAAGACACCAACUGCCCAGAGUACAAGGAGAAAUUCAAGCUCAACAUCAACAGGACCCACAGGGGCUUCAAGAGGGUGGUGCAGACCAAGGGCAUCAAGUUUGAGGUCAUCCAUAAAGGUGGCCUGUUUAAGGGUGAUAAGGUGGUGGGGAGCGCACAGCUUAAACUGGAAUCUCUGGAGACGCAGUGUGAGAUCAGACAGCUGAUCGAGGUUCUGGACGGGCGGAAGCCCACGGGGGGGCGCCUGGAGGUGCGGGUGAAGAUUCGGGAGCCGCUGGGGGGGCCGCAGCUCCACACGGUCACGGAGAGGUGGCUGGUCCUGGACCCCAUCACAGAGCCCCCCCCGAAAGAGACAACAGGCAGGAGACGAGAGCAGGGACCCCCCCACAAAAAAGAGUCUGUUGGUUCUGCUCCGAAAUCUUCACCUCAUAACGACCACGGGAAGAACAGCGGUCGUCCCCCUCCCCAGUACAAGCUCCACAGCUUCAAACUGCUCAGCUAUGACAAGGAGAGGCUGGACAGUAAGAUCACUGAGUACAAGAGGAGCAGGAGGGAUGUUCCUCCAGACCUGCUGCAGCAGCACAGGGAGCUCAGCCACCGACUGCAGUGGCAGAGUGCACAGCUAGAGAGAGCCUCUCCCAGCCUGGUGUCAGAGUAUGAGAGGGUGUUGCAGCGGCUUGUGCAGGGUCUCGGUGAGGGGGUGAAGAAGUACUCCAGCCAGGGAAACAGAGAGGCGGCUAAGGAGGCCCUGGGGAGGAUGAGGCUGGUGGAGAGCGAGAUGGAGAGCCUGAGGAGGCGACGCACGGUCUGAGCCGGGAGGGGCUGAGGGAGGAGCCAGGGAGGGGGACUGAGGCACGGGCUGCGUGGUGUUCACCACACACACACUUAGACACACUCACUUAUACACACACACACACACACACACACACACACUUAGACACGCACACUUUUACAGACACACACACACACUUAGACACACUCACUUAUACACACACACACACACACGCACUUAUACACACUCACUUAUACACACACACACACACUUAUACACACACACGCACUUAGACACGCACACUUAUACACAUACACAUGCACUUAUACACACACACACGCACUUAGACACGCACACUUAUACACAUACACUUAUACACACACACACUUAGACACGCACACUUUUACAAACACACACACACACACACUUAGACACACUCACUUAUACACACACACACACUUAGACACGCACACUUUUACAGAAAAACACACACACUUAUACACACACACGCACUUAGACACGCACACUUAUACACAUACACAUGCAUUUAUACACACACACUCGCAUGCGCGCACACACACACACACACACACACACACUAAUAUAUGCACACUCGCAUGCACACUUAUACACACACACACUCUCACACAUGCACACUUAUACAAGUACCUAUAUACACACACACCUCACACAGUCACAAGCAUACACUCCAAAGAAAUCAGAAAGACACUACAUUCUGAGACCACUGACGCAUGUCCCCACAACCUGUUGAUAUCUGCCGUCACUACACACUGCCACAGCUGGACCUCUUCAGCUGCCUCCUUUUCAUAUAGACAAAACAACCUGGGGACUAAAGGGACUAAAAAGCUGUACGUUAUACUUUAUAGUUUAUUAAGGGCUGGUUGCACUGAAAGCUGGAAUUGAAAUGGUAAUCUGACCUUUGCAAACUUACUGUAAAAUAUUAAUGAAGAGAGGGGAAAAAACAAAAUAUAUAUAUACACUCCUAUUACACAGCAGCUCAUAUAGGAUCUUAAAAUAACAGAGAUGUUUUUUAAAAAACUCUGCUGAGAAGUGUAAAAAUGCGUCGGGUGUUUUUUUGGCGAUAUCUGAUUCAAGGAGUCGGUCAUCAACACCAGAGUCGAUAGACAGAGACCAUCUGGUCUGGGGUUUGUUGUGUGUUUAAUAAUAGCGAGCGUCUGAAGCGCUGAAGGUGAAAUCUACAGUUAAUCAGGUGGAUGUGAAAACGAUGUCAUAUAUAGCAUAGUGAGGGGUUUGCUCUAAUAUGAGUGUGGUUAUGCAGUGUGUGUGGGAAUAUUAUUUGGGGGGGGGGUAGGCCUUAUCGACGGCACUCAAUGCCCAGGCGAGACUCCUCUACUUCUGUCUUUGUCAGGCAGAGGGAUCUGUGGACACCCUUAUUCGACUUGUACAUGCGUCUCCACAGCGUGCCAAGCUCGUUUUCCCACUUAGCCCCAGUCCCAGGGCACACCUAGUGUCUGCGGGGAUCCAUUACUCUAUUGACCGCUUGGGUUUAGCGGUGGAGACUGAUGAGUGUAGAUUACAGUCGGGGCAAAAUCUCUGCUUUCUCCAGCUCCCAAUAUGCAUUUCGGUUUUUUUGUUUUGUUUCGUUUUAAAUCCUCAUUUCUGAACUGAAUUUAACAGAUAAAAGUCCCAAGAAACCGGUCCCGCUGUUUUUCCCGCCCGGCUGGACGGCCGUCUCUGAAUGCACUGCUCUUCUCUCUCUCGGGCUUCCACUGUUAGCUCUUCGUAAUGACUAUGCACAGAGACGCGUGUGACGCGCCUGCGUUUACAGAAACGGCACUGGCGGGCGACCCAGGAUGCAGGCGCAGGUUCGCUGGAGAGCAGAUAGUUUGUGUUGGUGCAUGGGUCUGUUAGCAGCCCGCAUGACAAAGUGCACCGUCUUCCUGAUGUCUUGCUGUUCGCUGUGCUCCCAGCUUAGCGUCCGACGCUCAUCUCGUCCUGGAUUGCAUUUCUGAAGCGUCUGCCGUUAAACGUGCAUCGAUAUGUGUCCAGCAAAAAAAAAAGAA